AUACAUUUACACAAAUAUUAUUAUAAUUAUUAUUAUAACGAUUAUUGAUAAUAAAAUAUUACGAUAAAAAAAGUUCUUUGAUCGUUUAAGAGGUUAUAUGUGCACGACAAAAAGAAUUGGGUUGGAGGGACGUGUACAGAAAAGGAGAAAAAACAAUUCCGAAUGAAAAUUUUCGACUUCAAGGACAUCUCAUUUUAACGAGCCACCAUCGUUGGUCGAAUUCCUCAUAUAAUUGGAGUGAGAUGAGUACGAUGAGGGAACAAGCCGGGCCUUCCAGGCCUUCGGGUUCUGCUACGGAGGAAAAAGAAAAAGAUGAUAGAAUGUUUGAGUGUAACAUUUGUCUUGAUACAGCUAAGGAUGCAGUUGUAAGCAUGUGUGGACAUUUGUUUUGCUGGCCUUGUUUACAUCAAUGGCUAGAAACUCGUCCUUCACGACAAGUAUGUCCGGUUUGUAAAGCUGCUAUUAGCAAAGAAAAAGUCAUUCCAUUGUAUGGACGUGGAGCAACAAAACAGGAAGAUCCAAGAAAUAAUGUUCCACCUCGUCCUGCCGGACAGAGAUCGGAACCUGAAACCAAUCUUGGAUUCUCUGGAUUCGGGUUUGGUGAUGGCUCAUAUAUGUCUUUCGGUAUUGGAACAUUUCCAUUUGCAUUUUUCACGUCUACAUUUAAUUUUGGAGAGACUCGACCAAGUCCUGCUGCCCGAGGUACUCCACAAUUUGAAGAAGAGCAUUUCUUAUCUAAAAUAUUUCUUUGGUUAUCAUUGAUAUUCAUUUGCUGGCUGCUAAUGGCGUAACAGUUUUUUAACUCGCGCUAUAUGUCUCAUAAUAAUUUUUAAUAUUAUUCGGCCAGUCCAUUAUACGUGCGUUCUUCAUACAUAAUUUUCCUUAUUUUUAAUAAUAUUUGUUAAUCGUAUAAAAAACUAUAUAACUGCUUGGAUAAAUAAAUAUAUAU